CCCCCAUAUUAAGUUGUUGCUCAGCUGCUCUGCUCUCGGUUUUUUUCUUCCAUUCGGUGCGGUCAGGUGACUUGAAAAAAAAACAAAAAAUAAAUAAUGGGAACCGGCAGCAAGAACUACCAGGCUCCGGAAUGGCUAACCGCGGAGUUCCUGCAGGAUGUGCUGAAGGAGCACUUCAAGGAGGAGCAGCUGGCAGUCACCGAGUUGCUGGUGAAGAGCGCCCAAGUUGGUGACCAGGCGGCGGGAUUCGCCAGUGAAAUGCACCGGGCCAGCUUCAAUCUUCAGCGGGGUUCGGCGCCGAAGAGCAAGUUCUCGGUGAUUGUGAAGGAUCAUCCCAAGGGGCAGACGGGUGCAGUGGCUCAGCGGAGUAAGCUCUUCAAGCGCGAGAUUCUGGCCUACAAGGAGGUGCUGCCGCGGGUACAGGCCCUCCUCCAAUCUAUCGGAGAUCAAACGAAAAUCGCACCCACAUGCUACUACACCACGGAAUCGCCGGAACCCUUUCUGAUUCUGGAGGAUAUGCAACAGUCGGGCUUUGAGAAUUUCGAGCGGGGUCGUCUGCUGAACCUGGACUACGUACUGCCCACCAUCGAGAAGUUGGCCAAGCUGCAUGCCGCCAGCGCCGUCAUCGCCCAGGACAACCCCGAGGUACUGGAGUUCUUCGACGAGGCGCCCAUUUCCCGGAAUCCUGAUCGCCGCGACUUCCUCACCUUCUUCCCCGUGAACAUAAGAUGCGUCGCCGAGGAGGUGGCCCACUGGAAGGGCUACGAGGAGAUCACCGAGAAGAUGUUCAAGCUGGCCGAGAACGUCCUGCAAAGGGCUUUGGCCAUGUUCGAGUCCACCGGCAAGGAGUUCCGCGUCUUUAACCUCACCGACAUGUGGAUCAACAAUCUCUUGUUCCAUAUCAACAAUGAGACCAAGGAGCCAGACGAUGUGAUUGCGCUGGACUUCCAGUUGGCCUACGUGGGAUCCCCAACCAUUGAUCUCAACUACUUCCUCUACGGUUCCUUGAACGAGAAUGUUCGCAAGGUUCACUUCAAGUAUAUCGUUCUGAAGUACCAGAGGGCGCUUACAGAGACACUGCAGAAGCUGAACUACAAGGGACACAUUCCCACCCUCAAGGAACUCCACAUCGAGAUGAUCCACACCAGCCUAAUGGGUGUCAUCGGUGCCACCUGCCUGACUCCCCUGAUUUUCCGGGAGGAAGCUGGCUUCGAGAACCUCGAGGAUCUGAACUCGCGCACUGAGGACGGCGAUCGUUUCCGGCGGGAAAAUGUCGAGAAUCCCAAGUACCGGGCUUUCCUGCAGCGAACCAUCAAGGAGUUCGAGCUGUCCGGAUUCUUGGAUAUUUAACUGAAUGAACCGAGGAGAGAAAUUGACAUAUAGAGAGCACUUAAACAAAGAACCUUACAUUCGAUCAAAAGUAUUUGGGCUUCCAGAUAGAGUAAGCUUUUAUUUUUGCAGACACAUGAGUAUUUUCACACAAACAAAUAUAGUAUCGACAAUUGUUAUAAAAUUA